AGUUACUAUGAGUCACCAAGGUGUUCCUCUACCCCUCAGCCCUCAGUAGUGGCCACAGCUUGGUGAGUGUGACUCCAUAGAUGUGAGAUAUACUACGUCUAAUUAGUAUCCAGCUGAAAUAUAUCAUCCAAAAGAUGAUGAAUUUAUAUAAGAUGAGAUGUAAUGUCCUCUCACUUUCCAAGAAGAGAAAGCAUAUAAGGAAGUCAGUGAUUUCAUUCCCACCUAUGAGUUCUGCACACACCACCACAACACAAGAUGUCAAGUCUAACAUGGUGCUCAGAGAACAAAUUAUCGAUGAAACUGAUUUGAGCAGUGACCAUCUGACUCCUGAGUUACAGUUAUAUCUCAUCACUCAGUCCUGUCGGCUCUGGACCAGCCACCCACAACACUCCCCAUUCCUUGACCCUUUCUGGGCCUUUUAUUGGCCAGGUGGACAGGCAGUGUCCAGGUAUGUACUUGACAAUUCUCAUAUUGUGAAGGGGAAAAGUAUUCUUGAUUUUGGAAGUGGAUGUGGGGCAAGUGGGUUAGCAGCUAAGUUAUCAGAAGCAGAGCAAGUCACCUUUAAUGACAUAGAUGAAGUUGCUAUUGAAGCAGUAUUGUUGAAUGGAGUGAAGAACAAUAUAACAGUAGAUGCUGUCUCAACUGCCAACCUCAUUGGUUCAUCGUGCCAGCAUCACGAUGUUGUUCUUGUCGGUGAUAUGCUCUAUGACACUGAAUUUGCAGAUGAAGUUCUUGUUUGGCUAAAAGGGAUCCAUGAAAGUGGCUCCCUGGUGCUUGUUGGAGACCCCGGAAGAUUUGCUUUGGAGUCUCAUCCUCUGAGAGCUUCGCUAAAAUGCCUUGGAAAAUAUGAACUUCCUCAGUCAACGGUUUUAGAAAAUAAUGUAGCGGAUGUCCGAGCCACUAGGGAUCAUAGCCACAAGUCCUGAAAAUUGUGAAGGCAAACUUUUUGGGAGUGAAAUUGUAAACUCUUGCAACAAUCUGCCAGAGUGUCGUGAUGGCACCAAGUGUGAGCUCCUGCAAGAUCAGACUUGACCAACCCUAGAGCAGAAUGCUUUAUGUGUAAAUAAGCUGAGCAUGUUACUGGCAGGAGAGCUACAUGUCAAGUGGUUUGUGAAGAUAUUACAGCAGUUUGAAAUGAUGGAUGAAAGUGAGUGAAAAGAGACUGUUUUUGCCCUUAAUUCAAAAGUGACGUGCUUCUGUCUUUGGUGUAUACAGUACUGUCAUCCCGUCUGGUCACCGAGAUCUAUUACAGACUCAAUUGAUUGAGAACAUCCAAAAGAGGGCCACCAGACUGAUCCCUGCAGUCCAACGCCUCAGGUGUGGUUGUGAUCCAUGCACUCUUAGGUUGCGGCCGCACUGAGAGCGGGCGGGAGCUAGGGCAGGCAGUUGGAGGGAGUUGUCAUGGCAACACUCCCUCCAUUCUCGCACCGACUGCACAACUGUAUGUUCACGAUCCCUGUCUGGCGCGAAUGCUCAAAGAGAUGGCUAACUCAUGGAAGUCUCAGCUGUUAGAGAACAGCAUGCUGAAGUAUCAAUCAUUUUCAAGACAGAAGAAAGUGUGGGUACACCAGAUAAAUGUGGAGAGAGAGAAGCUUGGUGAAUACCACCAUCUGACCCCACAAUUGCAAGAGGACCCUGGCAAAUUUUAUGAAUAUUUCCGCAUGAAGCCUGAGACUUUCCAUAAGUUGCUAUCUUUUGUCGAACCUCACCUCAAAAAACAAACUACAAACUUCAGGAACCCAAUAUCUCCAGAGGAAAGGCUGGCAGUAACAAUCAGGUACUUAACACUUUGAAUAUAUAUAUAUAGGAAAGCCUCCGAUAACGACGAUUUAUAUUUAAGACCUUGGUUAAUUUAGGACCCAAUUCAAUUUCCACCAUUAAUUUCUUCGUAUUUAUGACAAAAAUAGAUUAUAAAAAAAUAUAUAUAUACAUUUUCAUAUAAAUAAUAACUAAAUCACGAUAUGUAUUAUAAAAAAUAAAACACGCCUUGCACACGGAGGCUGCCGGGCUUGCGACUGGUGACUCCAGCAUCACUAGUAUAAACAGUCACAGCUGGUGAACCUUUUGUUUUCACGCUCUUGCCUGCCCGCUCUCAGUGCGGCCGCGGCCUAAUUGUUUCCAGUUUUCAACCUUAUUCCCACGGAAUUUAGUGAGGCUUAAGAAAAGUAAAUACUGUACUAUACAUUCAGAUGGCACUGUAAAAUUGUACCACCUAUUGAGAUCUCCAUACCUAGCUACUCAAGAGAAGCAAUCAACAGUUGUAUGUAUAUUGCCCUUAACAGUACUGAAACUGCACAGUUUGAUCCAUGUCCCAAGGUGGUAAAUUUUUUGUUGAAGAAAGAGCGUCGCUACAGUGUUACACCUAAAGAAGUUUAUCAAAACAGAGAGUUUGUAAAAAAAUUCAUUCCCCAAAAUAGCACUGUUUGAGUCAAAUAUUUAAUAAAUACUCUUUGUACUUUACAGUAUUCCCUUUUCAUAACUGCUAAGGAAAGAAUUUAGUUUGCAUCAUUAUAGUGUAACAUCUAUGAAUCUAUUUUGUGUAAGUGUAAACCACUUUUUUACUUUUUUUUUCUAGUGCAAAGAAUGUCUGAUAAAUAUCCCAAUAAAUAUCAGUUAAUUUUUA